UCUGUAAUUUUGUAUCCCCCAAGCAAGCGCUAGUUCCAAAGCUUGUUACUUUGCAAAGCAGUAUGCAAGCCAAUACGACAUGCCACAUAAGUCCAACUAAAUUACUCCCUAUACCCCCAAGGCAUGACCGGAUUCCGGCAGGCCGAGCCCUCGCUGCAGCUGCCAGCCAUGUCCCCCAAGCCAUCUCGAUCUCCACCUUGGAGGGUCGCUCCAUGGGUGUCUCCGUGGUCGAGGUGGAAGAAGAUCGGGUGGCCGCGUUCUGGGACUACCAGUUCCUCUUUGUGUCACAGCGAUCUGAGGCCGCCAAUCUCGUCGUGCUCCGGGCUGUGGAUGGGGCGGUGCCGCCCGACUUCCCCUCGGGGACGUAUUACCUGGUCGGCCCAGGGCUCUUCGCCGACGACCAUGGGUCCACGGUACACCCUCUCGACGGGCAUGGCUACCUGAGGGGCUUCGUCUUCGGCGGGCCGGCCAAGGGCAAGGAGGUCGGGUUCAUGGCCCGGUACGUGAAGACGGAGGCCCAGGUCGAGGAGCACGACCCGGUGAGCGACACGUGGCGGUUCACGCACCGGGGCCCCUUCUCGGUGCUCAAGGGCGGGAGGAAGGUCGGCAACACCAAGGUGAUGAAGAACGUCGCCAACACCAGCGUGGUGAAGUGGGGAGGGAAGCUGCUGUGCCUCUGGGAGGGCGGUGACCCGUACGAGAUCGAGCCCGGGUCAUUGAACACGGUGGGGAAGCUCGAGAUGAUUGACGGUCAUGGCGGGCCAGAGCACGGCGGCGUCGGCGAUGUGUGGGACGUCGCCGCUAGCUUUUUGAAGCCCAUCUUAUAUGGAGUAUUCAAGAUGCCGGCGAAGAGAAUGUUGUCACAUUACAAAGUGGACGCAAGGAAAGAUAGGCUUCUCACUUUGUCGUGCAACGCAGAGGACAUGCUGUUGCCCCGUAGUAACUUCACCUUUUAUGAAUUCGACUCGAAUUUCAAGCUGCUACAGAAAAAGGAAUUCAACAUCCCUGAUCAUCUAAUGAUUCAUGAUUGGGCUUUCACGGAUACUCACUACAUAUUAUUUGGGAAUCGCAUCAAGCUUGACGUUCCAGGGUCGAUAAGUGCAGUGUGCGGAAUAUCACCGAUGAUAUCGGCACUAUCAGUGGACCCCAGCAAAUCGACGUCCCCGAUCUAUCUUCUUCCGAGAUCACAGAACGAGAGCCAGAACGGAAGAGAUUGGAGGUCCGCCAUUGAAGUGCCUGCGCAGCUUUGGCUCCUGCAUUUCGGCAACGCCUUCGAGGCCGUGGACGAGGAGGAGGGAGGGACGAGGAAGAUACGCUUGCAGGCCUGCGUCUGUUCCUACGAAUGGUUCAAUUUCCACAAGCUCUUUGGAUAUAAUUGGCACAGUGGCAAAUUGGAUCCUUCCAUCAUGAAUGUCAAACAAGAUGGGAAGGCCUUGUUGCCUCAUCUGGUUCAGGUGUCCAUCGACAUCGACGCCGAAGGGGAUUGCCGAAAGUGCUCCGUGGAGCCUCUCAACAACUGGACGCGGCCUACGGAUUUCCCCGUGAUAAAUCCGAAUUUUUCAGGGAGGAAAAACAAGUACAUAUACGGCGGCACAACCUCCGGUACCCGUCCUGCACUGCCGCAUUUCCCGUUCGACUCUGUCGUGAAGCUCGAUUUGUCCAAUGGGUCCAGCAGCACAUGGUCGACCGGGAACCGCAGAUUCAUCGGCGAGCCGAUUUUCAUCCCCAAAGGAACCGGAGAAGAUGAUGGGUACAUUCUUGUGGUCGAGUAUGCAGUCUCGAUUCAGAGAUGCUAUCUAGUCAUUUUGAAUCCGAAGAGGAUCGGAGAAGCCGACGCUCUGGUAGCGCGACUCGAAGUGCCUAAAGAGUUUAACUUCCCUCUGGGAUUUCACGGUUUCUGGGACGUCAACAGUUGACCUGUACAUACAUUGUAAUCCCAUAUUCAUCAAUACUGGAUAUGAACGUAUACUUGGUUUUGGGAAUGCAUUUGCUACCCUUUCUGCUCUA